UGACAACGCUACACUGUCGCUGCAGCCACUGAACAGGAACAACCAUGUCAAAAAUGUGAGCAAAAUGUUCAAUGUUUAAAGCGAAAUAGAAAAUAAAAAAUAUCCAAAUGGAUUCUGAUGACCCUUGGACAGAAUCGUUACGUAAUUUGCCAGAGGUUCCGAGGGAAAGGCGCAUCAGAAAACGUAAAAAUGGAAACUCUGUGAAGGAAACUUCUACUCGAUACCAGAAAGAUGCAAAUGACAUCGAUACUGCUGAUCAAAAACUGUUAGAAAUAAAGAUGAAAUUAGCGGAAAGCGCUGAUACAGUAGGAGGCAACGAGGCUCGAGAUUUUGCGAGAUUUGACGAAUUAUUCAGCAGAGAUCUUCCGUGCACUUUGCUAUACUUAGACCGCUAUUCAUCAAGUCUUAAGCCGCUCAAGACGAUUGAUGAACUCUCAGAAUGUAUCAAAACAGCAGACAAGAGUCAGACUAUAGAUGUCAGGAUUGUUAAAACGCUUGAGUCUGCACCUGUAGGACGUUUGGUUCACUUCGCGAAGCUUGGAAAAUAUCUGCGGUACCUUUAUAGGAAUAACCGACUGCUGGACGUUCGUAUUGAAGUAGAUGGCGCCGUUUUCAUGGCACAUAGAGUCGCUCUUUGCUAUCAUAGUGGCUACUUAAGAAAUUUGCUUGUUAAAAAACAGAAGCUUGUUAAGAUUCCAGUCCAUGUGAAAAUAGUUGGCGUAAGCUCAGAGGCCUUUUUGGCAUUCUUGGAAUAUGUUUACACAGGAGAGGUACAUGUCCACUCAGGAAUUGUCGCGGACAUUUUCCAUAUGUCGGAAUAUCUGGAUGUUAAGCUAUUGAGGGACAAACUUGCUUCCCUGGAAUGCGAUUUUACGCUUGAAGAAUCCAUCAAAUUGUUGUUGAAACGACCCCGUGAACUAUCUGAAAAGCCAUACAAUGUUGCUUUUGCUCAGAUACUGGGCCGGUUCGUUACAGCGUCGAUGAGCAUCCGAUUCUUAGAUCUAGAUGUUGAAAUUUUCUGCAAUCUUCUCAAGUCGGAUGCACUGCGUGUAUCGCAUGAGUUUGAGGCGUUUCAAGUAGCUAUCAGGUGGAUAGUGCACGGGGGAAGGGAACGAGUGCCGUACAUUACUCGAGUAAUGAACAACAUCAGGUUUUGCCAUAUGUCUCCAUACGAAUUAUUUGACUGUUUGGAAGAAACCAGUCUGUUCCAUGACCGCUCGGAACUCAGGGAGCUUCUCUUGAUAGCAAAUUGGGUUAUAACAGCGAUGAGGUUAGAAGUACCGGAUCCAUUUAGAUUUGUAAUUCCACCUUACAGGGAUAGUUACAAGAGAGUUUGCAAGAAAACUUUUUCAAAACAGGAUAAAAAUCAGCGGCCUAUUCAUUCAACCAAGAGGCCAAUGCGACUUCCGGCACAAGAGGACCCAGAAGAUCUAGAGACUCUACAACCUACAAUAUAUCCGACCUCAGAUCUUCAGCCACCAGCCGAACCUUUGUCAGCCACUCCGAAGAAAAGUUCGCCUAGGUACGGAAAACCUGUUUUGGUUGAUCAAGAUCAAAUGAUAGCCGAUUUUUCAAGAUGGUGUUCUAGUGAACUUGUUUUACCUCCACCUGAGACACAAAGAAGUUCUCGGAACACUUCUCCGAAAUAUGGAAAGCCUGUUGUUCUUCCGCCUGAAAUACAACGUCCGGAAUUACAUUUUAGCGAGCCAAAGUCAGAAACAAAAAGUGUCCAACGGCCAACAAUCUCACCCGCUAGUCACAGAAAACCAACAAUCUGGUCUCCAACUCCAAGUAACGAAUCCUCUCCAAGUAACUCAGCUGUUUUGUUUCCACCUGGUCAAUGGUCAAUGAACGAACCUGCUGUACCUUCGCUAGAAGUGCAUGAGAAUAUUUCAAAUCAUUCUCCACGACAUGAGAGGCCACUUUCACGAGACGAACAAGCGCAAAGACCUUCAAAGCCAAAUAAGGAAGUCGUUCAAUUGCCAAUGUUGUCACCAAAUGGUCGCGCCAAACCAACAAUCUGGUCGCCGGCCGCCAAUGAAGAAUCGCCAAAUGAUUCCCCAGAGGGAACACAAAACUUUGUCCGCCCACAAUCGAAACCAAUUCAGCUUCUGAACCAGCUUCGUGAAUUCCUGAAGACAGAGGUUGUCCACCGACCGGCAGUGUCACCGCCUAGACACGUUACACCUAACAGUUGGUCAUCAGAUUCAAAUAAAGGAUCAUCUCUUAGUACCUCUCCAAGAUAUUCAGAGACAGUUUUACUUCCGCCUGAAGAAACAGAAGGAAAUGAACGUCCGAAGUUAGAAACGGAAUGUGUCUGCCAAGCAAGGACGACAACGGCUGUUCAAGUCAAACCUAUCUGUUCGCCGAAUUUUAACCAAUGUUCAAAUCCGAAGACAUCCGAUAUAGAAGAGGCAUCUGCAAGCAUAGAAUAUAACCCGUCUCGAACAGGAAGAUUUGAGGACGCAAUGAAAUCUACUGCAAAACUACAGGCGAGUGAAACACAACUGAAUUAUAAGGCAUCUGGUGUACUACAAAUUUCCAGAAGAGAAACAGACGACAUUUCACAGUCCAGCAAAACACGACAUCAGUAUGAAAGAUAUGUAGUUUCUGAAACAUUAGCCAGACGAACCGCUAAACCAGUCAUGUCUCCACCGGAAGUGGAUGUAGUUCCGGAUAUGUCUAAGCAGCUGCCUGUCACAGAUAUCAUCAUUGUGGGCUGUUUUGAUGACAGUAUGGCGUCGACUAAAGAUAGAAAUGACGGCUACAAAAACUGGGCAGAUUUCUGUAAUUUACCAGAACCCAGGUACGGGUUUACAGUAGCACGGGUUGGGAGAAAACUCUAUGUGAUAGGCGGAAGCAGUCCAGCGCAAACUGAGGCAGGAUCAAGAGUAACGAACUCAGUCCUCCAGAUGGACUGUAUCGACAAAAAGUGGCAACAUGUUGCACCUAUGAAAGAAGCCCGGAUGUGCCACAGUGCAUGCGUACUGGAUGACAAUAUUUACGUAUUUGGAGGUCUAGGUGCAGAUGAAAGUCCACUAGCAUCGUGUGAGUGUUAUUGCACGAGUACAAACACGUGGUCCACAAUAACACCAAUGUCUUUUCCGAUAUAUGCGGGGUCUGCAGCUGGCUUCGGAGGGAGAUGUUAUAUUGCUGGAGGACUGACUCGAACCGCUGAUGACGUCGGUCCUAGACUGCGCAUGACUAUGGUGUGCUUCGAUCCGAAAAAGAGAACAUGGUCAGUUCCAGGAUAUCUCCGAAUGCCUUUAUGCCAUGCAUCUCUAGUGAGCACUCAAGGUCGUCUGUUAUUGUGCGGAGGUGCAACAUACCACGACGAUAGAGCAAGAAGGAAGCGGUUAGUGAGUGUCGCAAACAUUGACGAGUACAAUAUACUAACCAACAGCUGGCGUUUCCUGACAAAGAUGUCUACACCGAGACAGGAACCAAGCGUUGUGGCUCUUGGUAGCAAGCUCUUCGUGAUUGGCGGGAAGAAGGCAGCAGACGACACGAUUCUACAGUCAGUUGAAUGUUACGAUACAAUCGCAUCGGCAUGGAAAAAAUGUCUGAUGGAACUUCCGCCCUCGGUCCGAUGGAUAAAAUGUGUGUCAUGUCAAAAUAUAAAAUAAAAGCGAAUAAUGUUGAUUAAA